AGAGCCGGCCCAGCCGCUUCUCUGUUGGUGGUUCCUCCAUUCAAGGAACGCCCUCAAAGCUGAUGCUGAGAACUUGCUUCCUGAUUGGUAGCCGGCCGAGUACACGUGACUUGGCCGCUAUUGCCCGCCCAACCCGCUCCCCUAUUGGUCAAGAUCACAGCCCUUCAGCUGCCACGGUGAGGACGCAGCACUCAGGCAAGGAAGCGGAUCCCGGAGGUUCGGAGCGUCAGCUGGCGGCUCGGCGCCAUGGCGUCCCAGGGUCGGCGGCGGAGGCACCCACGGAGGCUGGAGACGGUGGUGCCGGGGGAAGCGACUGAGACGGAUUCGGAGCCCUCUGCGUCCUCGUCGGAGGAGGAGGAGCUGUACCUGGGUCCUUCGGGCCCGACGCGCGGCCGCCCCACGGGGCUGCGGGUGGCUGGGGAAGCCGCGGAGACCGACUCGGACCCGGAGCCGGAGCCGACGGCCGCGCCGAGGGACCUGCCUCCGCUUGUGGUGCAGCGGGAUUCGGCGGAGGAGGCCUGGGGCGCGGAGGAGGCCCCGGCGCCCACCCCCGCGCUCUCACUCCUGCAACUUCGGCUGGCGGAGAGCCAGGCUCGUCUGGACCAUGACGUGGCGGCCGCCGUGAGCGGUGUGUACCGCCGUGCGGGCCGCGACGUGGCCGCUCUGGCUAGUAGGCUGGCGGCAGCCCAGGCGGCGGGGCUGGCGGCGGCCCACAGUGUGCGCCUGGCACGCGGGGACCUCUGCGCGCUGGCUGAGCGCCUGGACAUCGUGGCUGGCUGCCGCCUGCUGCCGGACAUCCGCGGCGUGCCGGGUACCGAGCCUGAGCAGGACCCGGGGCCGCGGGCCUAGCCGUGAUUCUACUUCCCAACCAGACUACCUGACUCUGCAAUUUGGGAGUAGGCCUUGCUGCCUCUGGAACCUGACUCUGUCCCUUGUGUCUCUCUUUAUUUUAUUUUAUUUUAAAUACGGGGUUUCACCAUGUUGGCCAGGCUGGUUUCGAACUCUUCAUCUCAGAUAAUCCUCCCGCCUCAGCCUCCCAAAGUGCUGGGAUUACAGGUGUGAGCCACCGCGCCUGGCCCCUUGUGUCUCUUAACCCCCACACCACGCCCCCAUCUUGGUGUCACCCAUGGGGGCUAAUCCGGUCCCCUUGGAUAAUGCCUUGUAUUGGAUAUAGUUCAGCCGCUACUGUGGAGACCAGGGUCCCACUACCCUUAGACCUGGUUCCUCCCUGCUGAUCCUGACCCUGCUCCCUGAUUCUGAGCCUUGCCCUGGGGCUUGGCUCCAGCCUUUGAUAAAUAGUUGCUCCUUAGUUUAAACUGUUUCCACUCUAGGGGCUCACCAUGUCAUAUUUUUUCUUCUGCCUUUCUUUUCUUUUUACUGUCUCUCCCUUUUUUUUUUUUGAGGUGGAGUUUCACUCGUUACCCAGGCUGGAGUGCAGUGGUGGGAUCUCGGCUCACUGCAACCUCCGCUUCCUGGGUUCAAGCAAUUCUCCUGCCUCAGCCUCCGGAGUAGCUGGGACUACAGGCGCACGCCACCAUGCCCAGCUAAUUUUUGUAUUUUUAGUAGAGACGGGGUUUCACCUUGUUGACCAGGAUGGUCUCGAUCUCUUGACCUCGUGAUCCACCCACCUCGGCCUCCCAAAGUGCUGGGAUUAUAGGCGUGAGCCACCGCGCCUGGCCUUUUUUUUUUUUUGAGGUAGGGUCUCUGUCACGCAGGCUAGAGUGCAGUGGUAGGGUCAGCAUUCACUGUAGCCUCUACCACAGGCCCAAGUGAUCCUCCCACCACAGCCUUCCAGAGUUUGGGGACUGCAGACCCACGCCACCACACCCAGUUGCCUGGUUAAUUUUUCUUCUGACCGUUUGAAGAGGGAAGAAGGUCUCAUUAUGUUGCCCAGGCUUGUCUUAAACGCCCGGGCUCAAGAGAUUCUCCCACCUUGAUCCUCCCACCUUGGCGUCCCAAGGUGCUGGGGUUACAGGUGCAAGCCAGCACACCGGGCUGUGCUCCGCCUUUCUGAGUUUGGUUUCUGCUCAUGGUUUGGGGGCUUGUUCCCGUUCUAACCACAGGAACUCAGGAUACGACACAGCUUCCCCGCUGUCUUCCUUCACUCUGUUGGCUACAUCUCCCAUCCUAGCUCCACUGCCGGAACUUCCCUCCCCCUAGACUGGGUCUUUGUUUUGUUUUUAGAGACAGGGUCUCCGUGGUCCAGGCUGGAGUGCAGUGGCACGAUCUCUGCUCACUGCAACCUUUACCUCCCAAGUUCCAGCGAUUCUCCUGCCUCAGUCUUAAAACUAGCUGGGAUAACAGGUGGGCACCCCCAUGCCUGGCUAAUUUUUAUAUUUUUAGUAGAGAUGGGGUUUCACCAUGUUGGCCAGGCUGGCCUUGAACUCCUGGCCUCAGGUGAUCUGCCCACCUCACCUCCCAAAGUGCUGGGAUUACAAGUGUGGGCCACCGUGCCCGACCAGCUGGGUCCUUGUUCUGCUGCCCGGGCGGGGCCUUGGUUCUAGUUUUUGCUCUCCCGUCUCUUGCCUCCUCCUCCUCCUCCUCGUUGAGCUCAGCUCCACCCUCUCAGCCUGAUUUUGUUUCCUGAGUCUAGCUGUGCCGUGGGGUAGGUCUCGCUUCCUAUUGCUGUCUCUAUCCUGCUUACACCUCCCCGAUCCUGGGUUCUGGAGACUCCCUAUGGUUUCCUUCCUUCUGCAGGCCCAAAAUGACGGCCCCUCCUAACCCAAGGCAGGCGAUCUUCCUCCCGACUCUGAACCAAGGUGGCAUUACCCGCAGGCCCCUCUAGGCCAACGUGAUGCUUGCUCUCAACUCUAAGGCCAAGGUGGUGGCCUCUCCUGAUGCCCCAGACCUGAAGUGACACCCUUCAGGCACUUCAGGCCUGGUUCAGUCCUGCCCUGGUGCUUUGGGCACCAGACGACAGCGCUUUACGGAUAACAGUAUAACGCGGGUGGAUUUCACUACGUUGGCUCCUAGAUGCUGUAAAAGGCCUGGGAUUUCAGACUUGGCUCAGGACCUGGGGUGAGCAGCCGCCCUCUGCUCCUUUGCACCUGCCCGCGUCCAGCCCCAGCUCUGGUCCUUCAGCUGCGUUCAUAUUGACUGACCUCUCCCAGCCUAUCACCCUCUCCCUUGUCCCAAUCCAAAGCCAAGUUCUGAGGCUCCAGGAUGGAGAAUGGGCAGGAGCUUUUCAUGGCAGACUGAUUAAAACUCUAAGCCUUUACCCUUA